UGAUGGAUGAGACGCGAAAGAAGACUGAAGACAACGAUAUCACUUCGUCACCUUGCCUAUUUCCGCAAGAACGAUCGCACGAUGCCGUCGUCGCCAUCGCACCCGCACGUCGCCGUGGUGGCUUUCCCCUUCAGCUCCCACGCCCCCAAGCUCCUCGCCGUCGCGCGCGCCCUCGCCACGGCGGCGCCCUCCGCCACCUUCUCCUUCCUCUCCACCGCCGACUCCCUCGCGCGCCUCCCCGCCACCGCCGUCGUCCCCGCCGGGAACAACAACCUGCGGUUCGUGGAGGUGCCCACGGAUGGUGAUCAGGAGGAGACGUGGCCGGUGUGGCGCCGGAUGGAGAUGUUCGUCGAGGCUGCGGAGGGUGGCGGGCUCAGGCGGGCGAUGGAGGCGGCCGGCGACGCGGCUGGCGGGGUGGCGGUGAGCUGCGUGGUCGGGGACGCGUUCAUGUCCAUGGCCGCCGAGGUUGGGGUGCCCUGGGUCGCCGUCUGGACGGGUGGCCCGUGCGCGCUCCUGGCGCACAUCGUCGGCGACGCGAUCCGGGAGGACAUCGGUGACGACGACGACCUCCACGGUGCUCGCGGCGACGAGCUGCUCACCUCCUACCCUGGCCUCGGGAGCUACCGCGUCCGCGACCUCCCCUUCGGCGGCGGCGGCGUCGGCGGCGACAUGCACCGCGUCAUGACCAUGCUCCUCGGCCGCGUGGCGCGGCGGCUGCCACGCGCCGCCACCGCCGUCGCGAUCAACGCGUUCCCGGGCCUCUUCCCGCCGGACGUCUCCGCCGCCCUCGCCGACGCGCUCCCCAACUGCCUCCCCAUCGGCCCCUACCACCUCCUCCCCGGCGCCGCCGCCACGCAAGCCAACGACGACGACCCCCACGGCUGCCUCGCGUGGCUCGCGCGCCGCCCCGCGGGCUCCGUCGCGUACGUCAGCUUCGGCACGGUCGCCGCGCCGCCGCCGGACGAGCUCCGCGAGCUGGCCGCGGGGCUCGAGGCCAGCGGCGCGCCAUUCCUCUGGUCACUCCGGGAGGACUCGUGGCCGCUGCUCCCGCCGGAGUUCCUCGACCGCGCCACCAAGGCCGGCGACUCCGCCGCCGGGCUCGUGGUGGCGUGGACGCCGCAGGCCGCCGUGCUGCGCCACCCGGCGGUGGGCGCGUUCGUGACGCACUCCGGCUGGGGAGCCGUCCUGGAGGCGAUGUCCGGCGGCGUGCCCAUGGCGUGCCGGCCAUUCUUCGGUGACCAGCACAUGAACGCACGCGCCGUGGCGCGCCUGUGGUGCUUCGGCAUGGCGUUCGACGACGACAACGACGGCGGCGGCAAGCCGUCGAUGAUGACGCGCGGCCGCGUGGCAGAGGCGGUGGCGUCGCUGCUCGCCGGAGAGGAGGAAGGGGCCCGGAUGAUGAGGGCUAGAGCACGGGAGCUUCAGGCCAUGGUGGUCUCGGCGUUCGAGCCCGACGGUGGAUCGACGAAAAACUUGCACAAAUUUGUCGAAAUUGUUUGUGCCCGUCGGGUGUGAUCGAUACAUGCAUGGCAUCGAUUUUUAGAACUUCAGAAGAAAUUAAAAAUUUUAGAACGAUAAGCUACAAUAAUGUUAUAUAUCACCUUAACCUAUAUAACAAUAUCAUCUUCUUCCUCCAUUUCAGAUUAUAAAAUGUUUUGAUUUUGAUCAAAGUCAAACUACUUUAAGUUUGACUAAUUCUAUAGAAAAAAGUUGUAAUAUUUUUAACCUAAAAAAAUAUAUUAUGAAAAUUUAUUUAAUUAUAGAUUUAACGAAACUAUGUUGGUGUUAUAAAUAUUACUACUUUAUUCUACGUAGUAAGUUAUUCUACGUAGUUAGUCAAAGUUAAAGUAGUAUGACUUUGACCAAAGUCGAAACGUCUUAUAACCUUAAAAAAUUAAAAUAUUUUACUAUAUUUAUGAAAAAUAUUUUUAAGACUUGACAUGUAGGAGAUGUAAGAUUUGAGCGCACGCGCGCUCACUCAAGUUUUAUAAACAGACUUUUCAUUACACCACGACACAAAAUCCCUAAUAGAAGAUCAGUCGGCAAAGUACACAUUCAAAGCACAAUGUCGGUUGGGAAAAAAAUUUCAUGAUAGACUUCAAUAUUAUAUUUCUAGAUAUGGAUACAGUCUCCAAUAUUUCUCGUGUUGAUUAUAUUAUAUUUAUAAACCUAUAAAUGAAUUUAUACGUGUAAUUUGAGGAAUUUACUA